UUUAUCAAAUCAGCUUUUGCCUGUAAGCUUCGCCGUCGCCAGAUGGAUCGACCGCCGUCGUUUCCUCCCUACCAAAACCCCAAUCCAAAUUUCUUCCACCGAGCUCAUCCUCCUCCUCCUCCUCCGCAAAAUUCCAACACUUACUCAAUCCCUCCAUCUCCGCCACCGAUUCGCGAGCUCUCCGGCACACUCUCCUCUCCACAGUCUCUAUUAUCAGAAUGUCAACGCACCUUAGACUCCCUCUCGCAAAAUCUAUCUCUAGACCACUCUUCUCUUCUCCACAAGGACGGUUUCGUUCGUUGCCCUUUUGAUCCAAAUCACCUCAUGCCACCUGAAGCUCUCUUCCUCCAUUCACUCUGUUGCCCGAAGCCUCUCGAUCUCACUCACCUCCUCGGAUCGUUCAGUAGCUACCGAAACACGCUCGACUUACCGUGUGAGCCAGAGCUGAAUGGUGAUCUCUUGCACAACUUCUUCUACAACGAUUGCCCUGGCGCUGUUAACUUCUCCGAGCUCGAUGGUAAAACGCGACGUUUUACACUUCCUAGUGUUCUUUAUGUUGAAUGCGGCGAGUUUGAAGGUUCUUGUGUGUUGGAGAAAUCGUUAGGGCUCUUACCGUCUGAUGUUUGUGUGAUAAAGAAUGAGAUUGGAGGAUGGAGAGAUUAUCCAACUUCGUAUUCUUACAGUGUUCUUUGUUCGAUUCUAGGUUCAGAAGCGGUUGAAAUGAGUGAGUUGAGGACAUGGAUUCUGGUGAAUUCGACGAGAUACGGUGUUAUAAUGGAUACAUACAUGAGGGAUCAUGUUUUCUUGCUGUUUAGGUUGUCUAUGAAAGCUGCUGUCAAGGAAGCUAGUGUUUUUAUAUUAGAGUCUGAUGCUAAUGCAGUUGGUGGGGAGCGGAUUUUGAGCUGCAAUAGCAGAACAAGGUUGGUCUGUCUGACUUUGAGACAAUCUUGCAGUAAAAGUUGACAUGAAGCAUCGGCAGUACCUUUACCAUGCUUUUACAUUAAAAACAAUACUAUGUUUGUAUUCAGUUCUUUACUUAUAGAAAUACAUGAGCAUUA